CAGGUGCAGCGCAUCCUGAUGGAGCUCCUCACGCAGAUGGACGGAUUCGACCAGUCCGUCAACGUCAAGGUCAUCAUCCUGGGCCCUAUCGCCGGUAGGCCUGGCCGCUUGGACCGAAAGAUCGAGUUCCCGAUGCCCGGACGGCGCGAGAAGCGUCUCAUCUUCCAGGCGAGCCCGUCCCUCGCUCUCACUCCUUGUUGUCAGGUCGCCACGGCAAAGAUGAAUCUGUCGGACGAUGUCGACCUCGAGGACUAUGUGUCGCGGCCCGAAAAGAUCUCGGGCGCCGAGAUCGCGUGCAUCGUGCAGGAGGCGGGCAUGCAGGCGGUGCGCGCCAACCGGUACGUGGUGAUGCCAAAGGACUUCGAGAAGGGGUACAAGGCGUCGACGCAGAAGAACGACCAGGAGUUCGAGUUCUACAGGUGA